AGAGACACCUUCACGGGCGGACGAGCCCGGCGCGGAGGGCGCCGCGGCCGCAGCCGUGGGGGGACGAGGACGAAGAGGAAGCGGGCAGGCUGCCGGCAGGGAGGAAGCGCUCCACCCGGGCCCCGACGGCGCUCGUUUAACCACAUCCGCGCCUCGGCUGGAAGCGCUCACAGCCGCCUGUCACCGGUUCCCUCCAUUUUGAAAGGGAAAGAAGGCUCUCCCCCCAUCCUCCUACUACCCGUAGGAACCGGAGCCGGAGGAGCCGCGCUCAUGGCGUUCAGCCCUUGGCAGAUCCUGUCCCCCGUGCAGUGGGCGAAGUGGACGUGGUCCGCGGUGCGCGGCGGGGGCGCCGGCGAGGACGAGGCCGGAGGGCCCGAGGGCGACCCCGAGGAGGAGGACUCGCAAGCCGAGACCAAAUCCUUGAGUUUCAGCUCGGAUUCUGAAGGUAAUUUUGAGACCCCUGAAGCCGAAACGCCAAUCAAAUCGCCCCUCAAGGAGUCCUGUGAUUCAUCAUCAGAAUUGGCAGGACCUGGGGCCAGAACCCAAGAAUCACAAGAAGCCGAUGAACAGCUGAUAGCAGAAGUGGUUGAAAAAUGCCCAUCUGAGACUUGUUCUAGACCCUCAGAAAAUGAGGUUCCACCACAGGCCAUUGGUUCUCGCACAGUCAAGGAUUUCAAAGAAGAGCCAGCACAUGACAGUAGCAAGAUUUCAGUGGUGAGGCCAUUUUCCAUAGAAACCAAGAAUUCCACAGAUACACCGGCAGCUCUAGGAACAGAAGCAGCUGAUGGCUGUGUGACUGUGGUCUUGGAUGAGGCUUUGCCCUCCAGUGUGCCGGAAGCCAACCACGGCAAGGCAAUGACAGAAGGCAGCAUGGGGAUUAUGCUAGAAGCUCCCACCGAAGCUGAUCUCAAGGCUGGACGCUCCUGUCCAGAGCCUGUGCCCAGCAGAAGCAAGCUGCGAAAGCCCAAACCUGUCUCUCUGAGGAAGAAAACAAUAGGGCGAGAGUUCUCAGAAACUGAGUCUGCUGUGGACGAGCUGGAUGAAAACCCAAACCCUUCUUUCCUAGGAGGCUCCAGGAUCCAGAAAUCACUGCCUGAUGUUAAAGGAACCUCGGGCGCGCUUAGUAGUGACACCACUGAUGCAGGGGUUGAGCUGCUGGAGGAGGCGAGGAGCUCACCUCUCAAACUUGAGUUUGAUUUCACAGAAGAUGUGGAAAAUGUAGAGGCCAGAAAAGCUCUUCCAAGGAAACUUGGCAGGAAACUGGGUAACAAACUGACUCCCAAGAUACAAAAAGAAGGUGUCAGUAAGCCUGUAGAUAUAGAGCAGCCUCCAGACCCAGCAGCCAGAGAUGCUUCUCUCUCCCAAGCAUCUUCCAGGCUAGGCCCUAAUGAGUGGGACAACCCCAACUGUAACCCCUUUGGGAGCCGCUCCAUCCUGCAGAACUCCCCACCCCUUUCCUCUAAGGGCUCCUACCACUUUGACCCAGAUAACUUUGACGAAUCCUUGGAUCCCUUUAAACCAACUAUGACUUUAACAAGCAGUGACUUUUGUUCUACCACUGGUAAUCAUAUAAAUGAAAUCUUAGAGUCACCCAAGAAGGCCAAGUCGCGUUUAAUAACGAGUGGCUGUAAGGUGAAGAAGCAUGAAACUCAGCCUCUUGCUUUGGAUGCAGGUUCUCAGCCUCUUCUCUGUUGCGUUACGCAGGAUGAAGGAGCAGUGAUCUCCGAGCUCUCAGACAUUUCUCAUAGGGAUGGCCAUGCUACCGACGAGGAGAAGCUGGCGUCCACGUCGUGUGCUCAGAAAUCAGCUGGGGCCGAGGGGAAAGGUGAGCCAGAGGAAGACCUGGAGUACUUUGAAUGUUCCAAUGUUCCCGUGUCUACCAUAAAUCAUGCGUUUUCAUCCUCAGAAGCAGGCCUAGAGAGAGAGGCAUGCCGGAAGAUGGAAAAAGACGGCUGUGCUGUGCCUGGACUGCUCGAGGCCUCCCCAGAGAAGGCCCCUGUGUCUGUGGCCUGCGGCGGUGAGAGCCCCCUGGACGGGAUCUGCCUCAGCGAAUCCGAUAAGACGGCCGUGCUCACCCUGAUAAGAGAAGAGAUAAUCACUAAAGAGAUUGAAGCAAACGAAUGGAAGAAAAAAUACGAAGAGACCCGACAAGAAGUCUUGGAGAUGAGGAAAAUUGUGGCUGAAUAUGAAAAGACCAUUGCUCAAAUGAUUGAAGAUGAACAGAGGACGAGCAUGACCUCCCAGAAGAGCUUCCAGCAGCUGACCAUGGAAAAGGAGCAGGCCCUGGCCGACCUUAACUCUGUGGAGAGGUCCCUUUCUGAUCUCUUCAGGCGAUAUGAGAACCUGAAAGGCGUUUUGGAAGGCUUCAAGAAGAAUGAAGAAGCCUUGAAGAAGUGCGCUCAGGAUUACUUAGCCAGAGUUAAGCAAGAGGAGCAGCGCUACCAGGCCUUGAAGAUGCAUGCGGAAGAGAAGCUAGACAAAGCCAAUGAAGAGAUCGCUCAGGUUCGGACCAAAGCAAAGGCCGAGAGCGCGGCUCUCCACGCCGGACUCCGGAAAGAGCAGAUGAAGGUGGAGUCCCUGGAGAGGGCCCUGCAGCAGAAGAACCAAGAAAUUGAAGAACUGACGAAAAUCUGUGACGAGCUGAUCGCCAAACUGGGAAAGACUGACUGAGAUUCCCUCCCGUAGCUCAGCAGAUAGUGCACUUGGCUGCUUCUCUCGUGACCACAGUUACCUUGCCUUAUCCAGGAGUAAUCGCCCCUUUGCAGACAAAAACCGACUUUGAAAAAGCACAUGGCUACCAAUGCCUGUCCCGCUUUGCCACGACACCACAGCCCUGGAAGAAGCCCCGAGCUCCACAGGGUCAGGAAGGGCACUGCCCGUCCCCCGCUGUCCCUGCCAGCUGCACACACAGUCAGACCACCACACGCGGGCCUCCGACUCCUCGCUCUUCCGUGGUUCUUACCCCAAGCGUGUUACAUUUGUGAUUUUGUGGCUUCUAGUUGCUGUCACUGCCUUUCUAAAACCACCUGAUGAUUUUGUGUGACCCAUUGUUUAGUCUUGUAAUUUCCAAUGCCAGUGGUUUUACUUAAGGAGAUAAUUUGAUCUGAUCUUACUUGCAGUUUGCAAACAAGAAGGGGCCCUGAGUACCUGCACCCCCACGGUCACACGCUCCUCUCUAUACAGUUCCAUGUGCUGCUGCUUGUCCCUGAAGCACAGUCAGAUAAGAUCCAACGCGUGCAAGAACGUGUUUCUGUGAACGUCAAACCCUGUUUCUAAAUAGAGUCCUGGCCCUGAAUGCCAACUGGAGGAUUUGGGAGGCCGGGGAAAAGACGAGGAGGGCUCCUGGCCGUCCCAUCGUGGUCUCACCUCAGCUUUGGGGGGUGUGACCCCCAGGGCUUCCUCCUCAGCCUCUGUGUGAGCCAAGGGGUCGGUCUCCCGCUAAGCUGGGGCUUGGCAGCUCUGGUGUGGGGUCACUCAGAAUCCUCUGCCGCUUGUCACAGAUGCAGAAUCAACACCUAAUCUUUGCUGUCUUUCAGAUAUACGGAGAAGAUCAGCUGUGAAAGGUUUAGAUGGUCUCAUUUAAUUAAAAAGUAACAGUAGCCCCAUUAUCCAAUACUAGGUAAAGAAACUUUUUAAACUUACCAAUGUGAUGCACUGUUCUUCAGAUAUUUAAAAAACAACAAAAACCAAGAUCAGAAAGUCCUUUCAGAGUUAAGAUAGUAUUUUUAAUUAAAUAGGCAGUACAAAUCACGUGAACCGCUCCAGAAAUCGGCUCCUUUCGAAUGUUUUCAAACAGAGGCCAUUAGGAUACUGGGGAAGGAGAGCAGGAGGGAGGGCCAGACUCCCAACACCCAGUCCCCAGAGCUCUCACUGGGCCCAGCGCAGCGUUAACCCUCCACUGCGAGUUUUCCAUGUGAUACCAGUGGAUCCCCUCCCGUGUGUCAGGCAAAACCGAAUCCACGCGCGUGUUUCCAGGCGCGCCCACCUUCACACAUCCUCACGGAGCCGCGCACUGCGUUCAGCUCGUGCACCUCUCCCACUUCUGUAAGACUGUUGCAUGACCCAGCUCAGCAGUGAGCGUGCCUAGUGGAGAACCUCUGUAGAUGUCGAGAAACUGCCUUUUCCCUAGCAGUGUUCACGGAGGUGCAAUCUUCAGCCCCAGGGAAGUUGAGAACACCUUUCAAAGCCAGAGGUCCCGUUUCACCAACACGCAUUUAUCAUCAUCGGUGCUUAGGCUGCGUUUUGAAGCCUAUCGUCUUAACAUUUUGUACAAAAAAAGAAAAGAAAACAGGCUGUCUGUGGUUGGAGAGGUGGCUUGACAAUCAUCUGGGCCUUGGAAGUUGUGGUUUCCCGUGAGCAUCGCUCUCGCCUCCGUGUCAAGUGCAGGUGUCUCUCCUGCGGCCAGGACCCCCCUGCUGCCUUGGUCUUCUCCACAAGAAAAAUUAACUUGGCAUUCUGCUGAAAGAAGUAGUACCAGACCUCUGUGCUGCUGUGUUUGGGUGAUGUACCCAUGUCUGCUUGUUUUAUACUGAUGUAGUUCAGUAGGAAAGGCCCAGGCUGGCGUCCAUUUAUAGACUUCGCUACUUUAAAGGAGCACAGUAUGUGUUAGAACAGAGGCGGUGACAGUCUCUCCGAGGACCCCCUUAAAAACUAGACCCCAGUAAACGCAAUGCUGCACAAGCACACGGGGUGCCCGCGGUAAGUCACAGUUGCUGCUGGCUGCUCGGCCACACUAUUAGGCGGCCAUGUGCGCCAGUCUGAUGUACUAGACGGCUACUCUCCAAGGAGAAUUAAAGUGUGUCUUACCCAUCAGGCAAGUCAAGAAAGUAGACUAGGCAGUAUGAAGCAUGUUUACUUUACAUUAAAACCAAGCAAAAAAGAAACGUUUUGGAACUUUUGAAAGUAGAAUAUAUUUAAAAUAUAAAUAGAAUAUAGUCUAGAGGUUGCUUCAGCACAUGUGAGGGCCUGAUGUCACUUGCCUGUUGGGCAGUGCAGGGCCCCGUCACCAAAAGGCAGGGGGAAGGGGCAGGUGGCCGCUGGCCUGCGUGUGCUUCGGGAACGUCGGGUGGUUUCGUUGGGCUCCGGGUCCCGAGCCUUUGUUCUAGUGUUCGGCUUUGCCGAGGUGUGUGGCGUCCUUCCCUGCGAUGUUCUGAUGGAAGACAGACCUGCCUGCAGAAGCCCCUUGAAACCCGUGACCUGCCCAAGCCCUUUGUUCUGCAAGGCUGCUCUGGAAACACCAGAAGCCCCACGUUCCACACGUGGUUUCUGGCUUCUUCAGACCCAGCCCAAAUUAGGAAGUGCAGAAGCACAUGAGGGUCAAGGCUCGGAGGCCCUGGCAGCCGGCCAGAGUGCUGUGGCAUCCAAGGAGAGCUUUACGUUUGGCUUUGGAGGACAGCUCACGCUGCCUUCUCUUUCCAGCCAGCUGCUCUCUGCCCGCCCCCCACGCGAGGACUUAGGUCUCAGACAGCCCUGGGUAGGUCCUGCCCACUCAGCAGCAGCGUAAACCCUCUGCAGGUGUUCCCCGGAUGGAAGCGCUCCGUGCCAGCAAGGCUACAGAGGGCCUCGUGGCGACUCCCACGCUCACGAAGGGGGGUUUCAGAGCGGGCGCUAGCGUAGCCCACACGCUUGGAGUUGGAAGUGAUCCGCGCAUCCUUUUUGAGCGGAGUGAGUCUCAAGCUCCCCAUUUUCUUUCCUCUCGGUGUUUCCCGCAGUCGGUGAGCAUCUCCUGAGUCGUUCGUAGGCGGCUGUUGUCUGCAGCCGUGAGCCGUGAGCCUGCGCGCCGACUCCGGUUUGGGAAGAGACAAACUGGGGUUUGAAAGAUGAAACGAGUCCAGCAGGACUGUGAAGUGCAGAUGUAUAUAUUCUGAAUAGUUUGAGAGAACGGAUGUAGUCUGGGAGUCCCAGGAUGUCAAGCCAAAGGUCUAAGAAGUCGUCUUCAGAGGUUUUUAAUAAAAGAGGUAUUUUGAGGCGAUUUCUGUCCACAGAGGUUUACCUGGCUUCCAGAUUCCCCUUAUUUUGAGGAAGCAAUUUACCACUCAAACCUAUAGCCUCCCAAUUACUAGAAAUAAAUUAUUACAGACCCUGUGUCUGAGGGUCUCCUCUGGGAGACCAUCUGAGUGAGAGCGUUCUCCAGUGACCGCUGGAGCCCUGUGCCAAGCUCGCUUCUGGAGACUAAAGAUUGCACUUUCAUAGUUGUUGUUUCUUUUAAUCCAAAUGCAAUCCCAUUUCUGUGCCUCUUAGCAUGCAGUUAGAAUUGGACACACAAGAUUCCUAAGGAAUGACUUUAUCAACUGUAAUAUGGUUACAGCUACCACAUAUGUGUUCUAGCCAUUGUCCUACCACGGGGAUGCUGUGUGCAAUGCUGGCCUGGGGCCAUCUGCUUCCGUUCCAGUGAGGCCAGGCUUGGAGCCGACAGUGGCCUGACGUCCCUGCCCCCGCUCUGCCUUUCAGUGGUAUCUGAAUUAGACUCCAAAAAAAGUACUUCCCCGUCACGUGGUUAACUGAUACCCCGUAUUUACGAAUGACCUUCCAGUGGGCUCCAAAACCAGCCUCCGUGCAGAUGCAGGGAAGUGUGCAGGCCCCCCUCCCACCGCCCCACCCCGCCUCAGCCUC